CCUCUUUCUAGUACACACCAUUACUCUCUCUUUGACCGAACCCUGCAAAAAGCCAGAAAAAUCAAAUCCCACGCGCAAGAACCCGCGAUGAUCGAAGAGAGGCGCGGCGGAUCUCGGCCGCCGCACGGCGUCCUGCUGGCGGUGGUGGUCGGCAUUGUGGUGGCCGUCCCCUUCCUCGUCGGCGACGGCGGCGAGGCCGUGACGGGCGCGAUCUCCGACCUGCUGACCCCGGUGGGGCUGCUCCUCCUCCCCAUCGCCCUCCUCCUCACCAUCCAGUUCCUCUCCUCGGACCGCGGCUCCUUCGUGUCGGCGAUCUUCUCCAACUCCGGCGAGCCGGAUAGCAUCCACCGGGUCAGCGGGUCCCCGGUGGGCGUCGCGCUCUUCCUCGCCCUCCUCCUGUUCCUGCUGUACAGCCGCGUCUCGAUCUUCGGCGGCGACGAAGACUCCGAGUGAGUGAGGUCUCCGCCGGAGCGGAUCAGAUCUCGGCUAUCUUUUUCGUUUUUUUCAUUUCGCACGCAUUUCGAUUUUUUUGAAUUUGCUUUUAAUAGCGUGUUAUAGUUAUACUAUAGCGUAGAGAGGGAAACGUAGCCCUCGGGACGGUAGGGGCGAUUCUGUAAUUACAGGGAAGUACGGAGGGUGUUGCUGGUAUUUUGGGUGGACGACGGUUGACUGUUGAACGACGAGUUUCCUCUUUCUAUCUGCCCCAGUUCUAAUCAAUGUUUCUUUUUUUU